AUGAAUUCGAAACCCAAACGUACCAAACCCAAAAUUUUGAUUAAAGAUAUUCCCGUGGUUACUUAUUCUCCCGGUGAAUAUGAAAGAUACUGUGAAAUAUUUGCAAGUAUGCAAAAUAAAGACGGUAGUGAAUUUUUUCAGAAUGGUCUUCCGUUAUGUCGCCAGAAUACCUUUGUCCACCAAACACUCCAAGAAUUAAGUAAAAAUGAAAAUGAUCAAAAAGUUUUAAGAGCCGCAUAUGAUUACUGCAGUAAUCAACGUGAACCGAAAAUCAAAAACACAACGACCAUUAACAACGUCUACAUUAAGAACGAGGUUGACCGCUCUGGUGCACAAGAAACAAAAGGACUGAAUAAAAACGAAUUAACUGGAACAACCUGUCCUAGAAACAGCUUAUCUGAAACAGCAUGUCCUAGAAACAAUUUAUUAAGAAAGAUCG